AUGGGUGGCAAAGGUAGCAGUUCUGGUGGCAACAGCGGUGGAGACAACGGAGGAGGGAACGGAAGUUCUUGUGGCAGUGGUUUGUCUAAGGGCGGAGGCAAUGGUGGUGCCGGCGGUGGAUAUAUUAAAGCACCGGGUGAUGAUAGGUCAUAUAUUUCAAGAGCCGGAUUUGAGAUUGAAGAGCAUUUGGAGAUGGAUAACAAGGGCUGCAGCAAAGAAACUGGAGCAGGUGCAGCAGGAACUGGUGGUGGCAAUAGCAGUGGUGGUGGGACUAACAAAGGUGGCAACAAUGAUCUGAUCAUGAAGGCUCCGGGUGGUGAUGGUGCGUAUAUAUCAAGGCCUGGCUUUGAAAACGAUCCAAAGGGCUACUUUUCUGACCUGCAUGCUAAGGAGAAGGCCAGCAAAUGA